AUGCAGUCUGUCGCUAUAUGGGAGACCGUGGCCGUUGUUGCUACAUUGCUCAUUCUUUCUUCUGUGUUCUUUGUUCCAUAUUUGCGCCAGGAUCGACCCCCCUGGGCACAUACGAGCAGACUGAUAUGUCGGGCAAUAUGUGUGUGUGCGGGAGUCCUAUUAUUGGCGUCUAUUGUACUCGACCAUCGAGGGAGGCGGGAUAAUGCGCGGAUCUGCUUGGUAUCCUGCCAAUCAGUUAUUAUCGCAGUUGCGACUUGGUUUAUCGACCUCGAAAUUCUAUUUACCCUUGGGGGUUGGUGGAGUAGUUAUGAUUUGGGAUGGAGAAAAUACAUUUGUCUCCCAUGCCCUGUCUUCCAAUUCGCCCUCAUCGUCGCUGGGAUAGCAACCUAUGCCUUACGUUUCCCAUGGACGCCAUGGCUUUUCUGGAGUAUCCCACUCCCUUCUUGGUUCUUCUUGAGUGUCUUGGGGUGUACUUUCAUUCCGACGCUACGGUCUAGAACGAGUGUCAUGAUUGUCGUGAGAAUGGUCGUUGUCUUCUUAUCAUCAGCGACGACAUUUGCUUUGACUUUCGUCUUUGCAUUACGCAACCCGGCUCAUCUUUGUCUCUUACGCUUCGUAUGUUAUAUUGUACAGUGGAUUCUCUGUGCUAUCAUUCUCGCUUGGAAGGUCAUGAUUCAACAUUCUAGAGAGAAUAUAACCUACGAGACUAAGUCCUACCAGCCCAAAGAGCGAGACCUUUCAGCUUCAGAACCCCUUUUAUCAUUCCCAAUUACUCCAGCUGGGGAUGAUUUCAAAGCAACUUCGAUCAACUCGGACCAUCUCCCAACGUUCACCAGCACAUCAGACUCCAGCUUAGUUAUUCCAGCCAGCCAUGGCGCUGAGAUGACUUUGUCUGAGCCUAAAGAGACCACGACCGACCACUACAGAGAGGUAGACUGGAAAUCGUUUGAAAACGUAAAGAAGUGGACUCUUGUUGAAGUCACUUGGGACGAUUCGCGCCCAGCAUUCACCAUAACAUCUUCGAACAAGACGGUUGUCCUUGAUUGGCCGCGCCCGGCCUCAGAACCUCGCGUCUCAGCAGUUGCUCUGGACGAUUAUGGCUCUGAUAUAUCAUGCGAGUUCUCGCCGCGACCAAAUGAAUCACAGAUAUACAUGAGAGUUUUUGGAACAGAAAUGGAUCGCCCCCCGAGCAAAAGGCCAGUCUGUGACGUUUUAGACAUUGGAUUUGGAAAUGAGGAUUGUACAAUCAGUGAACUAGAGGCUCGCCAUCCUCAAGCACGAAUCACCACAACGGAACCUAUGUCUAUCUUGGCUAAGCGUUGUCGCUACAUUCCCUAUGACCAAAACACGGGACACUGGCCAUUCGAAGAGAAUAGUUUCGACCUUGCAAUAAUUAGGGGGACUGGAGGAUGUAUAAAUAACCCAGGAGAACUAUUUCGAAACGUGUCUGGGUCAGUCCGCCCUGGAGGCUAUGUGGAGUUUUGGGGUAUCAGUCUUCCGCGAACUGCAACCGACUGGCUUUGUUGCUCCAAGGAUAUCCGUACAUUCCAUCCAUCUUUUUCGCUAACUGACGACGGGGCUUGCCCAAAGGAGAUGGAGGCGGCAGGUCUCUCCUUAGUGAGUGUAUCGAAGAAGCGCGCGACUCUUAGGAAGAGCAACACCCAAGACUUGGAAAACGACUUGUUAGAUUCGGCCAUUGUGAAGCUUCAAGAACUCGAGAAACAGAGGCUUCUGAAAGCGUCAGAUCACGCUGCCAUCCCUAGAAGAAUGAAAGAAAUUUGGGAUGAGUUAUUGGAAGCCCGAUCUCAUGUCAAUAUUGUCAAGGUUACUGGACAACGACCAGGGACGCAGGAAACAACACAAGUUACUUGGCACAGAUCUGAUUCCCGGGAUUAUUACAACACACUACGCGAACGAUUCCUCGAACCAAAUGUUGAUGGCUAUUCCACAUGUGUGUAA